AUGGCAUUGAGUCUUCCAAAUAGCGAUCGAUCAGAUGUCACACAGAUUGUUGUGGUCAUGGUCGGCUUGCCGGCUCGUGGCAAGAGUCUAAUAGCUGGGAAAGUUAAGCGAUAUCUGCGAUGGACAUCCGUCAAAGCUGAAGUCUUUAACGUGGGCAAGUAUCGACGAACAGACAAUCCCCAUCCGGACGCCAAAUUCUUCGAUGUCAACAACCCGGAAGGCGAAAAGGCUCGUCGUGCCGCAGCUGAAGCCGCCGUUGCGGAUAUGCUUAAAUGGUUCAAAGAUAAGGACAACAAAGUCGCCAUUCUCGACGCUACCAAUUCCACAAAGUCCCGAAGAAAAUGGAUCUACGACAAAAUUGUUGAAGCAAACCUCCUUCAUUUAUUUGUGGAGAGCAAAUGCGAUGACGAGGACCUCAUUAUGUCAAAUAUCCUAGAAGUCAAAACUACGUCUCCCGACUACAUUGGUCAAGAUCCAGAGGAAGCAGCCAAAGAUUUCCGCAACCGGAUUCGCAACUACGAGAAGGUGUAUCAGACCAUUGACGAAUCCGAAAAGCAUCUCACCUACGUCAAAAUCAUCAACAUUGGUGCUCGAGUUGUCAUCAACUUCAUUCAAGACUACCUCCAAUCUAGACUCGUCUACUAUCUAACCAACCUGCACAUCAAGCCUCGCAGCAUAUGGCUCUCCAGGCAUGGCGAAUCUGAGUACAAUCUCGAAGGCAAAAUCGGCGGAGACGCCAAUCUCUCGGGACGGGGCGAGCGAUACGCAAAGAUGCUACCAGAGCUCGUCAAGCGCUCUGGGCUGCCCACAGACGCACCGCUGACGAUCUGGACAUCGACACUCAAGCGCACGAGUCAGACAGCGCAGUAUCUUCAGAAAGAACUCGGCUGGGAGAAAUUGCAGUGGAAGGCGCUCGAUGAACUCGACAGCGGUGUCUGUGAUGGUAUGACUUACCGAGAAAUCUCCGAAAAAUAUCCCGAAGACUUCCAAGCCCGUGACGACGACAAAUACAACUACCGCUACCGAGGCGGCGAAUCGUACCGCGACGUCGUGAUCCGCCUUGAGCCCAUCAUCAUGGAACUCGAGAGGAGCGAAAAUAUCAUUAUCAUAACCCACCAAGCCAUCGUCCGCUGCAUCUUCGCGUACUUCAUGGAGAUACCCCAGGAAAAGUCACCCUGGAUGGAAGUGCCCCUGCACACACUAAUGAAACUUACGCCCAAAGCCUACGGGACCGAGGUCGAGCGCUUCAAAGCCGAUAUCCCUGCCGUCAGCACGUGGCGGCCCAAGGGCUCGACGGCAAAGCAUCACGAUAGUGUCAACGAGGGUGCACCCGAAGACGUGGUCGGUGAGGUCAAGAGUAAUGUGCAAAAGGCGCAGGUGAACGUACCAAAAGAAACGAAGAAUGGCGUGUCAGCGUUCAUGAUGACGGGGUUGCCUUUGCCUUGA